AUGGAUAGAUUGAAACAGAGAAUAAAAAAAGAUAAACAAGUGAAGAGUACGCCCAAAGAGAAAUAUGUGUUCAUAACGGAUGUCAAGAGCAUUAAGGAAAAUCUUAAAAUAAAAGAAAUACUCAGAACUGUCAAAAUGAACAGCAGUAUGAGACUGAAAGGACCACCGGGAAGUAAAAUUAUGUCGAACAAAGACUUCAAUGAUGACGAUUGUCCUGAAGAGUUUCAAACAAACCAUUCAAACGAACCAUUGAGCGCCUGUAAUCCAGAUGUAGUAGUUUCUGAAUUAGAAAAGAAUAAAGAAUAUGAGGAUUCAGAGGACUGUUUGAUAAAAAAUUCUGAACCUGAUACUGAAGUGGUGGAUUUAGAAAAAGAAAAUGAAGAGGUUACUUUGGUGCAAGACAGUAAUGGGGAUAAGCAAGAUUUAAUAUCCAAAGAAGAUAAGCAAGACGAUGUUGACGUAAAUAAUGAAAAUAGUAAUAUAGUUGUUAACGAUGUAUAUACAAAACCAAAAAUUAGACCUGAAAAAUUGUUGGAUAGAAAAUUAUCUUUAGAUCAAUCUAUAUUAUCUCGACGGCAAGGUUUCUCGCAGUCCGAGUUGGAUUUGCAUUCACUAGGUAAAUCGCCACUGGAACGAAAAGUUUCGUUCUUUAGAAAGAAAAUGGACAGUUUCGUUAGGAAUACGACUGAGAUGUUCAAACGUCAGAACGAUUCUUUACAACGCAGAGGCUCAAUGUCUAUGUCUCUUCAAUCAUUAAAUGAAAAAUCACACGUCCCCAGCAUCAAUAGUGAGGAAUGCGAGCCGAAAAUCGAUCAAGAUGCUUUGAGCGCGAGUAUGAGCCUGCAUACUGUAUCAUCGAUGGGUCGUAGUAAUUCCAGUCUGUCAAUGAGACAGAGUGUUCAAUCAUGCGAUACCUCGGAACAUAGCUUCGCAGGAAGUCAGCCAGCCCUACACGCUCUCUCAAACUCAACUCUCGAAGACUUGCAUUCUAACAGUGUACAUAGUUUGAACGAGGCUUAUCUAAAAGAAGCGAUGCUAAAUUCUCGGGCUAUUUCGAUGAGUUCAGGUUUGGAUUUGCCACUUGGCCGGAGCCGUACAAAAGCAUCCCGUUCUAACAGAGUUACGUGGGUAGCGAGCGAAGGGCUUACUAAUUACUUUAGGCGUUUAAUUCAAGAUGAAAAAAGCAAGGAGUUACAGAGUUGUCACUCAUAUCAAGACUUCUCGAGCAUACCCGAAAACGAGUUGUACAAUCGACAGGAUAUUAGGAAUAGGAAAUUAUCAUAUCAGAGAGCUGUGUCCGGGGAUGAUCACGAGCUGAUGAGAUAUCACGACUCAAGUUACAGAAGGAGAAAUCAGUUCCAAGAGAACGAGGGCCUAUUAGCAUCUAAUUGUUCAGUGGCCGCCAAGCAGUCAACAAGUCCACCCGCCUCAACGAAAGGUGUUGGUGACGAUGCUGAUGAUGGUGACGCUGUUGCUGAUACUGAUGCGAAGGUUCAGACUGAGAAUGAGAAUGAGGCUCAUACUGAGACUCAGACUGGCGGCGGUGAAGGCGAUCUUCAUUAUACUGGAGAUUUUGCUGCUACUUGUAUUGGUGCCGGCGCUGUAUGUAAUGCUGGCGCUGCUGCUGAUCUUGCUGAUGGUGCUGCUGCUGGUAUUAGUACUAGUUCUCGCACUAGUGCUGAUAAUAGCGCUCGUGAUUGUCCUAGUUCUUGUACUUUUGCUGUUGCUGAAAAUCUUCAUACAAAUCAUUGA